AUGUCAGACAUUUACAGCGCCACGACCCGCGACGCCGACGACGCGCCCCCCAAUCUCUCUGCCGCCCUCUCCACCGCCACGCCCGACCUCGUGGAUGUGACCACUGACAACGACACGGCCACAGAGCGCUCGACCACGCUCGACCGCGAGCUCGACCAGGACGAGUACAUGACGGCAGGCCAGGACCAGGAUGACCAUAGUGCCUCCGAGGCGUACGCUUCCAUCCAGGCUUGGGCCCAGGGUUCGAGCUCCAACUUUUACUCGCCCCUGCCCAUGUCGCCCGCCGCUCCCAUGUCCGAGCCCGAGAUGGUCAGCGAGGGUGUUUUGACGCCGACGGAUUCGGUUUCUCUGGCCGGCUCCGGCGAGGACAUUGCCAACGACGCCGUGUCUUCCAAGGGUGGCGACAACGGCCGUCCGUACGACGUGCUUAGCGAGAGUGAGGGUAUGAUGACACCAGCGAGUUGGUCCGAAGUCGGCAGCGUCGUCAGCGAGAACGACGUGCAGCACAACGAGCCUCUACGCGCAUGA